AUGUAUAUUCGUAGCCGGGCCGUUAAUCUGUCUAAUCAAGGGAAAUCUUUGAGAAAAAUAGGAGAAAUACUUGGAAGAAGUGUAAAUUGUAUUAGAAGAAUCAUUCAAAAAUUUAGAAAGGAUGGUACGCUGGAAAACCAAGCAGAGAGAGGCAGGAAGAAAAUUCUCAGUUCAGCAGCAGAGAGGAGAAUUGUACACAAGGUAAGGAUUGAUCCUACAAUAAGUGCUCCAAAAAUUGCUGCAAGUACUUCGGAAACUGUGGGUAAAUCUGUUUCUGCAGAAACAGUGCGCAGAAUCCUCAGAAGGGCUGGUUAUAAUGGCAGAAAAGCUCUCAAAAAGCCUUCAUUAGUAAAAUAA